CACCAGAAUGUGCAUAGCUUACCUUCUAAUGGCAAGAAAGAACUCUUUCCUCUGGCUUCUCCUUCUCAGUCUCAUCUGUACUCUGGUCUGUACCCACAGUACUGCAGCAGCUUCGAAGGAUGAUGGUCGAAAGGAGUACAUUGUGUACAUGGGUGCCAAGCCUGCCGGAGAUUUCUCGGCAUCUGCCAUUCACAUCGACAUGCUGCAGCAAGUCUUUGGCAGUAGGGCAUCAAUUUCUCUGGUCCGCAGUUACAAAAGGAGUUUCAAUGGAUUUGUAGCGAAGCUCACAGAGGAGGAAAUGCAGCAAAUGAAGGGAAUGGACGGGGUAGUCUCGAUUUUUCCUAACGAAAAGAAACAGCUCCACACAACGAGGUCAUGGGAUUUCGUGGGGUUUCCCCAGCAAGUUAAAAGAACUAGUAUUGAAAGUGACAUAAUAAUAGGAGUGUUAGACAGUGGAAUAUGGCCAGAGUCUGACAGCUUCGAUGAUGAAGGAUUUGGUCCACCGCCUAGCAAAUGGAUAGGGACUUGCCAAGGCUUUUCCAAUUUUACUUGCAACAAUAAAAUUAUUGGAGCCAAGUACUAUCGGAGCAGUGGACAAUUUAGGCAAGAAGAUUUUCAAUCCCCAAGAGAUUCAGAAGGCCACGGGACACACACUGCAUCCACUGCAGCUGGGGGCCUAGUUAGCAUGGCAAGUCUCAUGGGCUUUGGCUUAGGGACUGCUCGGGGCGGGGUUCCAUCAGCUCGGAUAGCUGUGUAUAAGAUAUGUUGGUCUGAUGGCUGUUUUGGUGCUGAUAUUCUCGCAGCAUUUGAUGAUGCAAUUGCUGAUGGGGUUGAUAUAAUCUCCAUUUCAGUAGGGGGUAAAACUCCCACAAAUUAUUUUGAAGAUCCAAUUGCCAUUGGAGCUUUUCACGCAAUGAAAAAACGGAUACUAACAUCAGCUUCUGCUGGUAACGAUGGACCUGUUCUUGCUUCCAUCACAAAUUUCUCGCCUUGGUCUCUUUCCGUGGCUGCUAGCACCAUAGACCGGGAUUUCUUCACCAAGGUGCAACUAGGCGACAGUAACGUUUUUGAGGGAGUUUCAAUAAACACAUUUGAGCUCAAUGACAUGUAUCCUUUGAUUUACGGUGGAGAUGCCCCGAAUACUGCAGCAGGUUUUAGUGGGAACAGAUCUAGGUUUUGCUUUCCAAGCACAUUGAACCCAAAUUUAGUUAAAGGUAAAAUUGUCCUUUGUGAUGUGAAGACCAAUGGGGCUGGCGCAUUCUUGGCGGGUGCUGUUGGGGCUCUGAUGGCAGAUACACUCCCCAAAGAUUCCAGCCGCAGUUUUCCCUUGCCUGCAUCUCACCUUAGCGCACGAGAUGGAAGCAGUAUUGCCAACUACAUCAACUCAACAAGUAACCCAACUGCAUCAAUAUUCAAGAGUACUGAGGUUAGUGACGCAUUGGCCCCAUACGUAGUCUCCUUCUCAUCAAGGGGUCCAAACCCAGCUUCAUUCGACCUUCUCAAGCCUGACAUAGCAGCCCCAGGAGUCCGCAUUCUAGCUGCCUGGCCACCAAUUGCUCCAGUUUCUGGAGUAAAAGGUGAUAAUCGAGAAGUGCUAUACAAUAUAAUUUCCGGGACGUCAAUGUCCUGCCCACAUGCUUCCGGGGCAGCUGCCUACAUCAAGUCAUUUAACCCCACCUGGUCUCCUGCUGCCAUUAAGUCUGCUCUUAUGACUACUGCUACUCCCAUGAGUGCUAAAAAAAAUCCGGAAGCCGAAUUUGCAUAUGGUGCGGGCAAUAUAGAUCCUGUAAAGGCUAUAGAUCCUGGUCUGGUAUAUGACGCCGAUGAGAUUGACUAUGUAAAAUUUUUGUGUGGGCAAGGUUAUAGUACUCCGGCUCUACGGCUUGUCACCGGGGAUAAUAGUGUCUGUUCUGCAGCUACAAAUGGAACCGUCUGGAAUCUAAAUUACCCUUCCUUUGCUCUUUCCAGCCUCACCAAGGAAUCCAUCACUGGCAUGUUCAAUAGGACUGUCACAAACGUUGGAUCAUCGGUGUCCACGUAUAAAGCAACUGUUAUAGGUGCUCCAGAGGGACUCGAAAUCCAAGUUGAACCAAGCAUUUUAUCAUUCACAUCCCUCAUGCAGAAGCUAUCCUUUGUGUUGAAGGUUGAAGGAAAGGUAGGUGACAACAUAGUCUCUGCUUCUUUGGUGUGGGAUGAUGGUGUACAUCAAGUGAGGACCCCCAUUGUUGUAUUAGCCCUCCCAUAAAAUUCCAGAAUCCUGGUGUUCUUGUGGUACUAUCUAUAAGAUUGAAAUAAAUGAUGCGGCAAGCACAACAUUUUACCUAA